AUGGGCCGUCUCCCGCCUGCUGACAAGCUCCCACUUGCCGUGCGCAAGAAUGUCCGCGAUGAAUGGGAGAACAAUAAGGCCGACCUGGAGAGACAGCUCUCCGAAGUCUUGGGCACUCCCUGGACCAUCGACAUCAACCCAAACAGCAUCUGGCCCUAUCAUGGAGAUGGGUACGCCAAGGACUCGCUCGGAAGCUGUAUCAAGAGCUACAUCGAGGGCGCCAUUUUCCAACUAAAAUACGUCGGCGGCAAGCUCAGCCUCGCCGACUUCAACAACGAGCUCAACGCCAUCUGCCACGCGCACGUGCUGACGCUCGACCUGGAAGAUUCCGACCCGCCGCGCUUCUCAUACGGCGGGUGCGACGUCACAGACGACGGCAAGCUGCGCAUCCUCUUCGUCGAGGGCUACCUCGGCACCAACAUGGACUACUGCCUGCAGGACUCGGUCCUGAUCCCGGCCCUCAACGCCGCGCCACCAGGCCCGACCGCUGACAAAUCCAACCCCCUGAGCUUCCUGGCGCGCAUCAACAUCCGGCUCGAGUACGACGCCAAAAUCGACGACGUGCGCAGGACCAUCGCGACGCUGCUGGGCAAGCCCGAGGAGCAGGUCACGCUGAACCCAAACUUUGCCGACACCUUUGCCAAACUCAGGGCCGCCGGCAGCAACGCGCCAAGUGAUUGGGAGAAGAACUUUGGCGAGUCCAUGUACCGCUAUUUCGACGCGCUGGCGUUUCAGAUGAAGUACAUCAAGGUGGGCGAGGACGACAUGGUGCGCGAGGGCCUGCUCGAGGCCGUCAGCACAAACGAGUACGCGUUCCGUAUCGUUGACAAGCUCCGGUACGAGUCGUACUGCGAGGUGGUUGUUGAGGACGGGGUGCUGUAUCUGCAAAGCACGGCUUCCACCUGGGGAAUCAACACCGACUAUGUUGCCUCGAAGCUGAUGGAUCAACUGUAA